AUGUGUACAGCUCUCGUUCACCAAAAACUGACUUAUAUCGAGAAAUUUAUGCCUCUGCUCUGCGAGAAGUCACGCGGCGAAAUGGAAGUUGACGAAAUGUUCGAGUGGAAUCCGUACCACGUAACAACACCCGUCAAUAUUGGUCCCACGCAGGCAAUUUACAUAAAACCUAGUUUAACUUUGAUGCAUCAGGCUUUACUUGUUCCCGAAGUCCUCCUGGAGAUAUUCGCCUACGUGAACACAAUACCAUCUACUACUUGGCAAAAAACAGAGAGAUUCGGUUAUGUGAACACAAUACCACCUACUCAAAUAACAUCGACGCUUGCAGCGCUUGCAAGGACAUGCAAAAUCUUCCACGAGCCUGUGAUGGAUCUGCUGUGGAUUGAAAUCCAUGGCUUAGAACCACUGCUAGGCUGUGUAGCGAGGUUACAUCCACUGAUAUAUCGUAGGGGUACAAGGUGGGAUGAUAUUUUUUCCUGGGCGGAAGGCGUCGAGCCAUUAUCUGCCCAUGAGGCCCGUCAAUUUCUGCGUCACUUCUCCCGUAUACGCACAUUGAACAUAGAAAGGACCCAUCUCCAACUUAUCUCUGUCAUUCCCGCCAAUGUAUACGUAUUUCCGAGGCUGAGGUCGUUAAGUCUUUCCAUCGCAUAUUUGAAUCACUUUCUGCCUCUCACGCUGCACCCACGUCAUCUAUUGAACAUCGACAAGAGUCGGCAAUCUUUUGUGACACGUUGCAGUGCUUUGGAGCAUUUGUACAUACACACUGACGGCUAUUAUGACAUCGCAAGUCAGCUGUCCCUGCUAUCCGAUAGGAUUCGUCGGUGCACGCGGCUUGUAACUCUGUCUUGUCCAAUGCUCAACUGGGAAACAUGGAAGCACCUCUCCUGCCUCCCUACUCUUCUCAAAUUGGAAAUCGAUCAAGGGUAUGAUGACACUCCUUCACUAUCAAAACGAGAUAUCGUGAAUUUAUCAUUCCUUAACAUCACGAGCCUUUCCUUUCGAGGGCUGGCCGAUGCUGCAGAGAUCAUCACAGUCAUACAACACUCGCAAUUUCCCUCACUAAAAAAGUUCAAGCUUGCAGCCCUCUAUCUGUAUCCAGAAGAGGCCGAGCAACUCUUUCAUGCUCUGUCCUGCUGCAAAGCGUGUCAGACUCUAGAAGAAAUCACCAUUUGUUCUCCUGAUGAAGAGCAUGGACCCUCAGACAGCGAGCCUUUGACACCAGUUCCACAUUUGCUUUGCUUUACACAGCUUCGAACCCUGCAACUCUGGUUUUAUAAUCCCUGCAUCUACCUGGACAAUGGCAUUCUCUUGCAAGCUAUGUUUAGUUGGCCGCACAUCCGCACUCUGGAAAUCAACUACUUAGAUGACUUAGAUGAUCAUCAUGCUUCUUCCGAAGUUUCCCUCCAUGGAUUAUUCACAGCGCUCAGUCUAUGUCCACAAUUGCAUACACUACAAAUUCUAAUCAAUCUUGCAACUAUCGACGUUGAUCCUCAUGCUGAGCCAAUACAACAUACCUCCCUACAAACAUUGGAACUUUUGGAUAUAUCCCAGUCUCAAAUAGCAGAUGCUGAAGCUCUCGCUCGCGUCAUUUCCGCCUGGCUCCCUUGUGUCGACAAAGUCAACAGCAUUGGUAGCACUUGGGAUGAAGUCAACAAGCAUCUCAAAUCUUCGACAGCGGCUACUGCGCUGUACGUCGCGGAAACCUCCUAG